AUUUUAGAAAAACGUCCUCUAAUGGGUGCGAAACGGCCCAGUGAAAGUCAUUUCCAUUAGAUUCGGAGACAAAAGGACUGACGAGGAGGAGAGUAAGGAAAAAGAAGAAAGAAGAAAGAAGAAAGAAAAUUUGCUGGGAAAACGAAGAAAAAUGGGUUGGAUUGGUGAUACUGUGGACUCCGUCAAGUCCAUUCAGAUCCGACAGCUUCUCACUCAGGCCGUCAGUCUCGGCAUGAUUGUUACAUCUGCGCUUAUAAUAUGGAAGGCGUUGAUGUGUAUAACUGGCAGUGAAUCACCUGUCGUGGUUGUUCUAUCUGGAAGCAUGGAACCAGGAUUCAAGAGGGGGGACAUUUUAUUCUUGCACAUGAGUAAAGAUCCUAUUCGUGCAGGGGAAAUUGUUGUCUUCAACGUUGAUGGCCGUGAAAUUCCAAUCGUGCAUCGUGUCAUUAAGGUUCAUGAAAGAGAAGAUACUGGAGAAGUUGAUGUUCUCACCAAAGGUGAUAACAAUUAUGGGGAUGACAGGCUUUUGUAUGCUCAAGGUCAGCUCUGGCUUCAGCGGCAUCACAUCAUGGGCAGAGCUGUAGGAUUUUUACCUUAUGUUGGCUGGGUAACAAUUAUCAUGACUGAGAAGCCUAUUAUCAAGUAUAUUCUCAUUGGCGCCUUGGGGUUGCUUGUCAUAACUUCAAAGGACUAAAAUGAGCAAAUUCUAGGUGUGGCCUUCCUGAAGAAAGUUUUACCAGCACCGCCUGUCCUCGCCCUGAAAUUUUCUUUCUUUUUUUUUUUUCCUUGUGUUUUGUGCACUAGACAGGUUAACUUUUAUAUGAUCAAUUAUACCAGAAGCGUUACUUGAGUGUUCUAGUUCACUUAUUAGUCUCUCCUUUCGCCUGAUGAAUACUUCUUUGAUCAGAAAUUUCACGUGCACUAGACAGGCCAACUUUUCUAAUUUUUGUCA